CCGUCUACAUUUCUGUCCGCCAGUGAUCUCUGAUUGAAGUGAAGGCGCCAAGUUUAGCCAUUGCUGGGAGCACAAGAACACUGAAAACCCUAGCAAUUCUAUAACUUUCUUAACGUGCAAUUCUCCAAUGUCUCACGACGCCCUAACUGAUCUGAUCCGGCAAGUCCAGAUCCUGACCCGGACGGAGUCCGGCUUACCGGACUACGAUCCGAAAGACCCGAGCAUCCCCCCACUGCCUUCUAUCUCCGACGCCAUUGCCAACUUCGACCCUUCGCCUCCCUACCUCCGCUGCAAGCGCUGCCGAGGGCGCCUUCUCAAGGGGCUCCAGUCUUUGAUUUGCAUCUACUGCGGCCAGAAACAGCACCAGAAUGACGACCCAUCUGCCCCCGAUCCCAUUUCCUUCAACUCCACUCUUAGCUGCCGCUGGUUGCUCCAGUCACUUCGGCUUGAUGGAUCGGAAAAAGUUGGAACACCUAGUGAGAAGGGCGAAAAGCCCGGGUUUAACAGAGGACAUAGUACAUCAAGAAACAACAUUUCCUUGUCUGAGCUCUUAGACAUUAAAAUAGGAUUAUUCAACAAGCAGGAAAAGCCAGAAAAAAACCAGGAGCUACAGGGCAGCAGCUUGUUGAAUAACGGCGGGGUUGACCUUGACAGUUUUUUCCCUAGACAAAGGGGUGAUAAUACUUCUGGUGAUACCACUCACCCGCCCAAAAAUGAAGAAGCUAAAACUGUUGGUAUUCUUGAUCAUAAUUUGUUUCAGAAUGUUCAGCCCCUUCAACAAGAAGCUGUCCCAUCACAAACCCACGAGAGUGGUGAAUUUUGUGGAUGGGAGGCAGAUUUUAGGUCUGCUGAUUCUAAGACAUUUGAUCCCGUCUCUGAUUCUACAGUUAAUUCUGGGAGUCAAGUUGGGAGUUUCCAAUCAGCUGAUGCUUUUGUUGUAGGUUCUGCCAUUGAUCUUUCUGACCACAUGGAUUCCAUCUUUGGAAAUGGGAAAGACUUGUAUGGAACUAAAGAGGGGAGUGAGUCUGAAACAUUGCAUAGAACAAGUGAUUGGAGUUCAGAUGACUUGUGGAAUACUGCUACAACUGAAGUUUUCCAGCCAGAAAAGCCAUUUGACUCAAAGAUUGAAGUGAAUGACUUUCAACAAAACGGUUUGAACACUUCUCCUACCAAGGCUGAUUGGGUUCAAGAUGACCAGUGGCCAACCAGUUUUUCCAGUGCGGAAAACAUAGAUGAAGAUUCCUUUGAUGAGUGGAAUGAUUUUACCAGCUCAAGCAAUGUCAAGACUCCUCAAGAAAAGGAAAUCAUACAAAUUGAUAAUCACGCUGAGGUUCCUUUGGAUAAUUUAGUAUCUGAUAAUGCUAAUGAACUCAGUUAUGGUUUGACAAAUGUUGAUGGAAGUAUGUUUGAUGAUUGGAAUGAUUUUAUGGCAUCAACUCUCAUAUCAAAGAAUGAUGGUGUUGUGGAUGCUUUGGGAAACACACUAGAGUCAAACAUGGUUAGUAGCUCUAACGAGUUCGGUGAUAUGGAUUUUGGCAGCUUCUGGCAUGCGGAACACUUUUUAAGUUCACAUCAUAAAGAAAGUGCUUCUGAAUCAGGGACUAGGGGUCCUGAACAAAAUCACUUCCCGGGCAGCAGCAGCAGCUUGGAUGAUAACGGCACCGGAAAAGGUCUGCUGGAUGGUGGAGGAGUUGCAUUGAGGAAUAACACAAUCUCAAACCAGUCAGGUGGCAAUGAAGAUAUAGUAGAAAGUUUGUUGUCACAGAUGCAUGAUCUCUCUUUCAUGCUCGAGACCAAUCUAUCCAUUCCCCCCAAAUCAGAUAGUAAUCCACCUCAUUAACAAUGGAUACAGUUCUUGAAGGCAUCCAUUGCCCUUGGAGAUUGGGAGAGCCUGAGGUAACAGCGAAUGAGGAGUCUCAAUAAGCACAAACUGGGCCGCCUCUCGGGGAGUUUUUCCACAACUCGUCCCAAUACUUGCACCAAUGAGAAGAACCGGUCCCCGUACUCGUCCCAAUACUUGCACCAUUCUCAUCUUUAAUUUAGAAACUCU